AUGCAAUCAUUAACACAAUUAGGAAAGUGGAACCUCACAGAAAAAGACAAGGAGUUUACUCGCUGCCUGCUAGAUGAGUGGUACUCUGGUAGUACAUUAUCCUCAGUUUUACAGCAGUGGGAAGAGCAUAAUAAUAAGUAUUUGCCGUCCGAAAAAGUUCCUCUGAAUAUCCUUUGCUAUAAUGUGGAAGGUUGGGGUACCCGGUAUUUAGAAGUAGUAGAUCUAGUUUAUAAAAUAGAUGCAUCAAUUAGUGUUUUAACAGAAGUUGGAGAAUUAUGGAAUAAGUUUACUAUACCCAAUUUUAAUAUGUUCCAUCAAAAAGGUACAAAUCGAAGUGGUGGAGUGUGUGUCUCGGUAGGAAAACACUUAAGAGCUACGCAAAUUCAAUUAGAAAUUGAAAACACUGUAAUCGUUGAUGUUUUCAAUCUCUCCGAUCCGAUUCGAAUCAUCGGAAUUUAUUGGCCUCAAGGUCAAGAGCGUAACCUCGACGAUCUUAGUCCAUAUUAG